GAGGAUGAGUGUCAUUUCCCUUUGUAUCUCCAUUCACAACCAAAACAGGAAGUAAAAAUAGACAACAAAAUUAACACCCAUCUCGUCAGAAUGUUUCAAUCACCUGACAGCAGGAAACAUAUAUCACUGAUGUUAUCAGAGGUUUUAGAUGAUAUUGGCGUGAAUGAAAGAAUGGUAAUGAAAGCAAGAAGACAUUUCAAGUUGAUGGAAACUAUGACUAAUAUCACAUGGAAGUCAGUUGGACACAAUAUAAUUUCAUAUUGUCUAGGGAGUAGGAUUGAGGGAACAACUACUUUAGGACUCAUCUCAGACACUGACGAGCUACUUUUUAAUAAUGAUAACAAUGUAAUACAGGACUGGUCAGAGUGGGAACAUGGCAAAACAAACUUCAUCAUAAUACAAGAUGAGAACACUACCCCAGGGUACUGUUUCUUACAGCUUCUCCAACAUGAUAUACCUCUUUCUGCCACUGUUGUUCCUAAUAAAUACUAUAUAAUUGACAAGGAAGGAAGAAUAUUGCAUAAGAACCAAGUAUAUGAAACUGAUAAUAUGAAAUAUGUUACACGACAUGGACCAUCAUUUGCUACACAGGGACAACAAGGAGACUAUGAUGCAGACAAAGUGGUUGCGUAUCCCUUUAAAUCAUGGCCAAAGUCAACAGCAUCAGGAUGGUUAGAGAGACAAGGUAUUGGCAAAUGGCCAACACAAGAGAUGAGAAGAUAUGCAGCAAGUACCUGGUGUUUUGUUGUUCCAACUGGAAGUAAGAUCAGUAAAUAUCCUGAACUGGAAUGGAGAAUAUCUACAUCCCUGGCAGAAAGAUGUCUAAUGUUUGAUUUAGAUAUAACACACAUAAAGUGCUAUGUUUUAAUGAAGAUUAUUCUUAAAUCUCUUUUAAAUCCUCAUGGGGAAAUAAACAUCUCAAGUUUCAUGUGCAAAACAAUUCUAUUUCACUGUAUAGAACAAAAAGAGCCAAGGAUUUGGAAAGAGAACAAUUUAUUAGAAUGUUUAAAAUACUGCUUGAUGAAACUAAGCAGUUGUGUACAGAAUGACAAUCUGCCACAUUUCAUUAUACCAGAAAACAAUUUGAUGGCAGGGCAAUUUACAGAUGAGACAAAACAUCAACUUUUAAAAAAUAUAAGUGACUUUAUACAGGAUGAUGUACAAAGUUUACUUACAAACAAUAUUGAUGAUCUUGGAGAGAGACUUCAAGUUAAACUGAAAUUUCUACCAGAAGGACAUAACAAUUUAGACACUUCACUGGAUAUUUGUAAAACUGUUUCUACUACCCAUUACUUAUCAUUGUCAAUGUAUUGUAGUAUUACCCAUCGUUUUUAUUUGAAUGGAUUAAGCAAUAAAGAUAUUGGAAUAAUGAAGCAAACUGUAGAAAGAUUAAUGACCUUGAACGACAAUGAUAAUAAUUUAGAACAUGCUGCAUUCACGUUCCAAGCACCUUUUCUCUGUUCCACAUAUGGAUCUGCCCUGGCUUCAGAAAGUAUAGGUUUAAAACAUCAAGUGUCACCUCAAGCCUUGGUUUGGCUUUUAAAUGGUUUGGAAUCAGAUGUCUCAUCUGGCAGACUGAAAUUGGCUUCAGUAUUCUACAGUACAGGGGAUAUAGAGAAAACUGAACUUAUUCUGAGACACACUGAGUGCCAGUUUUACUCUUAUCCUGUUUUUCCUAUGUGUAACUGCUGGGAUAUGAUGCCUCCACCAGAAAUUAAAACGGUAUGUUUUGAACAAAUUGAGGACUGUGUCAAAAAUAUUACAGCAUUUUGUGUCAGAUUUUUAAAACAAGAGAUCAACUGUGUUCCUCAUGAACUACAAUAUGAAAUGUUCAGAUCUACAGAGGAUGACAUAAAACACAGAGAUCAAAAUGAAGACUGGAUGGACUUGGCUACAAUUGAUUCUCUUCCUUUCCUGUACUUCCUACAAUAUAAAGUAUACAGGCAUCUUCAACGGUAUCAGGAUCAACGACAAGCACUAAGUAAACUUGCAAACAUUAUAGAAAUAAACAAAUACCUUGGACAUAAAGAAACAGCACUCAAUAUUUUAGGGCAAUGUAUGGAACAAGAAAACAGACCUAAACAGGCAUUAGAAUUUUACCUGCUUUCUCUGCGACAAAGACCAAGAAACAAUGUGGCAAAAAUUCAUAUAUGCCGGCUUCUCUCCUGUUUACUAAUUGGCAAGAAAAUUGACAAAAACACAUAUAACAUGAAAAGUUUAGUUAUAAUGUAAUUCUUGUUUUAGUUGAGCUCGUCUUACUGAUAAAAUAUAUAAUCGUACGGGCUUAUUUUUCUGUGUAUUCUAUAGGUUGCUGAUCAAAUAUUCAGGAGAAUGUAACAAGAAUGAGAUUUAUAUAACGAAAAGUGUAAGCUGAGUGCAUAUAUUGAUCAAUGGAGGUUAUGUUCCCCAUAAACCAUGUUAGUAACAUAUUUUAUAGAUUAAUGAAUUGCAUUGUCCAUUCAUUUACAGUAAACAUGAGAAACGAAAUACUAUCCAAAUAUUAACAUUUUUUAUUCCCCAAAUGAUUUCUUAUAAAGUCUGAACUGUUUGCGUGUAAUUUAAAUGAAAUUUCAAAAAGCUAUUUUGAGCUGCAUAGAUAUUUCUUAUCUUUGGUAAUUUAUAUCUAAUGUUAAGAUAUUUUAGAAAUGUUAACUAAACUCUAGAAUAUUAAUCUAAAUAGGUAUUGUAUUGGGGAAUAUAUCUUCAAAAUUUUGUAUAUUGAUAAAUGUAUUUAUUGCAGGUUAAGAGUUAUAAUUGUCCGCUUAAGUGAGGUAUAACAUAGUUAGCACGAAUAUUUCGUGCUCGCCGGUAUUGAUAUGGAAAGGCGGGUAAAUCGCCACUCGAUGACUUCGCAUUGCAUUGAACACAUCGUAUCCCACCCGCCCACCCCAAAGUAAUGUUUUUAUUAAGCCAUAUUUUCGCAUCCAUUGAUUGGUUGUUAGCGAAAAAGUAUUUGUUUGUUUGAAUCAACUUGUAAAUAAUCGAUAUAAUAGUUUAUUCCGCAGGUUGUGAGCUUCCAUGAUUGCAUGUCCAGAGAUUAUGAUAUAUGGAUCCAUCUAACUCACAGAAAUACCAGUUAUUAUUUGUAUAGAUUUGCAUACAACGAUAUUGAAACAAUGCGAAGGCCUUUAUCCUACUUGAGUGUUGUUGUUUAUUCUGCCUGAGACUGAAGGUUUCACAACUCUUAUUAGGUGAUAAAUAAUUUAUUUUCGGUUAAGCAGAGCGAAUUAGAAAAUAAGUCUAUUUUCUGUAAUGUUUCAUAUAAUGUUAUUGCAACACAUGAUUGUUGUGAUACGUGUAUGACCUGGUGGCCUAAUUGUACAACAACCUUUCAAAUUUGCAUAAACCAAUGCCAGCAUUUUUAACACUAAAUCAUUUGUGUUGUUA